AACUCAGUGUCUCCUAAUGAUGAUGUCACACAGUCUUCCGUUCUGCAGCGUCUGUGUGCGUGUGUCACGUGACUCAGUGUUUUCACCCCCUGGAAUGGCGAGGAAUGAAGAAAAACAGCUUGGAAAAUUAAAUCGAUUAUGGCUUCAGAAGGAAAGAGAGGAAGGUCGCAUUAAAGAUGUGCACGAGACAAGACCAAAACUUGCGACAUUGAAUUCUGUUGCAGCCGUGAAAAAAUGGAUACCAAGUAUCAAGAAUGAAAUUGAAUAUUACCUGCAACAGUCCCAGUUGUCGCACUACCCAGAGAGGAAGAUAGCAGAGUUCCAGCAGCAAAUUGAACGACUGGAAAAAGAGUACAAGGCUUAUCUUAACAAACUGCACUUUUUAGACCCCAGCUGCAAACACCAGCCUUGGAGCCCCAGAGCAUACACCAAGAGGAGGCCAGACUCUAAAGGCGAUCAGUGCAUUGCCAAGAAACCCUGUGCUCAGGCCAGUUCUGAAGAAAUUUCUGCAACAGCUACUGCAAAAAUGCAGGCUAUAUGUAACUCCUCACAACUGGGUCCUACACACUCCUCUAAUCUUCCAGGCCAGGAUCUUCCACUCUCCUUUGACCAAUCCAGACUGGCAAUAGCAGUAGCUGGGUCUCGGGACGUUUCCUCAAGGCAGCAGAAUGAAACAAACAUCCUGGCCCGUGUUCUGCAUAACAGCCUCCCCAACCUGCACAGCUCAGCUUUAGCACAAGUUCCAGGACUGCCAGAGAGAAAGGGGACAAACUCUUCCUCCUGCACCGAAAACAGUGAGGGUAAGACAGAACAUGUGCUGGGACUGGGCUGCUAUUCAUCAUCCUCAGAUGAAGAGACUUAAAGUUUUAAACAUUUCUGUGAUCCCACUGGUUUGUUCAUAUGGAUGUUUGCAUUUUUCCAUUUUGUGCUUUCUAAAAAUGCUAUUGUAUGUAGCUGUAAUACAUAGAUUUCUAGUAAUGUAUUUCUAGGAAGUAUUUCACUAGUAAUGAAAGUUCAGCAUUUAAACCCAAACAAACCCCAAAAAAUAAACUCCUCUUUACUGACAGAUAA